AGAGAAAAGUCCAAUAAUACGCAGCAGUGAGAGAGAGUGUGUUCUUAAAUUCGGACCCGUGUCGAGGCGGCACUACACAAGACACUUGUCGACACCACCACACUCCCCAAUUUCAAGAUCGCUGCGACACGACACUCCUUACUCCUAGAGAGUCCAACAACGCGUUUGAUCAGUGAAUGAACAAAAACACUCACCCGAGUUGUUCUGAAUCCAAGGAAACCAUUCCAAAUCAGUGUCUGAAAACACCCCACGAUCUACUGAGGCAUGAUUGCUACCUAAGACAAAGCUUGCUUAAGUAAAGCUCUAACGUCUGCUUCAAGGUUUGGAAAGUGAAAGCAAAGAUGAACUUCAGGAACUACGAUGAUAAUAACCCCACUUGGGAUGCCAUGCAUGGGAAGACACCGUCGGCAAAUGUUGGUUCUCUGCUGAGACAGCCAUCAUCAGUAUACUCCCUUACAUUUGAUGAGUUUCAGAGCACCAUGGGUGGGGUUGGGAAGGAAUUUGGGUCCAUGAACAUGGAUGAACUCUUGAAGAACAUUUGGACAGCUGAAGAGACUCAGGCCCUGGCAUUUUCAGCUGGUAUAGGAGAAGGCCACAACCUUAACUCAGUCAGUGGUGGUUUGCAAAGACAGGGUUCUUUGACAUUGCCAAGGACUCUUAGUCAGAAAACAGUAGAUGAGGUUUGGAGGGACUUGAUCAAAGAUAGUGGUGGGACCAAUGAUGGGAAUGGCAAUGGCAAUGGCAAUGGUGGUUCAUCCAUUCCUCAAAGGCAACCAACAUUGGGAGAAAUGACCUUAGAGGAGUUUUUGGUGAGAGCUGGGGUGGUGAGAGAAGAUGUGCCUCAACAACAACAAAUUGGAAAACCAAAUAACAGUGGAUGGUUUGGUAACUUUCCUAGACCAAACAAUAACAAUGGCCUACUUCUUGGUUUCCAACAACCUAAUAGAAGUAAUGGGAAUAUGGGUGAGAGGGUGGUGGAGACCAACAAUAACUUAGCUCCCAAACAACCUCCUCCUUUACCUCUAAACUCAAACCACUCUCACCGACCGACACAACAUCCACCACCACUUUUUCCAAAGCCUGCAAAUGUAGCUUUUGCUGCUCCUAUGCAUUUGUUGAAUAGUGCUCCACUUGCUAGCCCUGGCAGAAGAGGAGGGUUGAUUGAGCAUUCAUUGAAUGUUGGAAUGGUUGGUUUAGCCUCGGGUAAUCCAGAGGCUUCUCCCUCAAGGAAAAUAUCAUCAGAUGUAAUUACAAGAACUAAUGUAGACAACUCUUCACUGUCUCCAGUUCCUUAUGCAAUCAACAGGGGAAGAAAAUGCAGCGCUAUAGAGAAAGUGGUUGAGAGAAGACAAAGGAGAAUGAUAAAAAAUAGAGAAUCAGCUGCCAGGUCACGGGCUCGUAAGCAGGCCUACACUUUCGAACUGGAAGCUGAAGUUGCAAAACUUAAGGAAAUAAACAGAGAAUUGCAAAAAAAAACAGGCAGAAAUUAAGGAAAUGCAGAAGAACAAGGAUUCGGACCCUGCAUGCCAGCCAAGGAUAAGUAAAAUACAAUGCUUGAGAAGGACACUGACAGGACCAUGGUAGUGGUAGACAAUGUGAGUAAUUUGUUUGAGUAACAGAUAUACGAAGGAAGUCAUUGUUGUGUCAUAAGGAUCGAAGUAUGUUUGUGAACUGUAAGGUAAUUGCAGCAGUCCAACACUAGAUAGGGUGGUAGCUAGCUAUUAUUAGUUUUAUGUAUAGGAACUAGGAGUGGUGAGUUGUACAUUGUUAAACAUGUAUCUUCAAAUAAUGAAUUAUUAUAUGUGUUUGAAUGCUAUUUUCUUUUCUAUUGCAGGAUGAUAA